AUGACGAACCAUGCGAAUGCCAAACCCGACCGAAACUUGGACCCCGGAGAAGCACGAAACAUCGCCGUGGUCAAGCCGAGCCCGCCAAGCAAUAUCCGCACUCGAUCUUCGCCAGACACUUACUUCGUCCCUUGUCUUUUGGCGGGACUCUUCAACGUCUUGGCUGUCGUCCUAGGCACACUGUAUCUGGAGGAGACUUUACCAAGUAAAGUCCUCAAGCCACAGAAACGAUCUGCUGAGAUAUCCCAUCAGGAUAGUCUGGAGGACCAGGAAAGACCAGAUCCGGCUGAACGAGCCCGAACUCUAAAAGAAUUAUUGACACGCGACUUGGUGACUCUGUUGAUCAGUUUUGGGUUCAUGGCCCUGGAGAAUUCGGCUUGGAUGGCCAUCAUCCCAUUAUUCUCAUACAGCCCUAGGCAGUUCUCAUAUGUUGCUUGCGUGGAAGAUGGUGGGCUCGGAUUGACUCUCGAUCAAAUUGAUAAAAACAAUAAGAAAUUGAAGAAAGAAAUACCUGAUGAAUGA